GGGUGGAUACCGAAACAUACGUUAUUGCAACUAAUUGCAAGUUGGGGCAACUUGGGGGACCAAGAUAGAAGAUCGCGGUUGCCGGGACAGCGGUGUGUGACGUUGCAAAACAAUUGGGAUUGGGCAGAAACCCCCCCCCAUUUGUUUGUGGACAAAACCUGGAAGGUGCACAAGGUGGGACAUAUUGCAGCCGUGCAGCCAUGCAAACCACAUGCUCCGUUUUUAUUAUUAUCUCUGUCUUAUCCUUCAACUCCAUCCAUCAUCUUAAACUAAACUGUGCACUGUCUGUCAUAUCUGAUUGACAUAACAUCAAUUCUUUGACUUCCCGCUUCGACGGGGCCAAAUACCCAUAUCUAUACAUACAACAUACAGCAUUCAGCAUUCAGCCUACAGCCUACAGCAUUGCAGCACUGCAGCAUUGCAGCACCACACUAACUAUUUAUUGUUUGGACCGUUGGAUAUUAUAGGUGUCUGGGUAGGUAACCUAGUAACUCUAGUAUCCAUCCACCUUACACAAUCCUGCGAUUCAAAGACAUAUCAUUCCAUUAACCGAACAUAUUCGAAUUACUACAUACGUAGUAGGUAGUAUAUUCUUCUGCCCUUUUCUCGACAUGCCGCCGGUUGAGCGCGACGCUCCGGUCGACCGGCCUGUUUUAAGACAUCAACAUUCUUCUUCCAAAGGAGGAGCAAUUAUACCAAUGUGGGACAGCUCCGAUCCAGAGCGGGCACCGCCCCCUCUGCCUAUGCACCCUCAGUCACCUAGUGUGAGCCCUUCGCGAAGUGGUACAUCGCUAGCUAUACAAUCUGCGCAUGCAGCCUUGGCCGAGAAGGCGCGUGAGACCGCGCUUGUUCCCUCGCUCGCAAAACGAAUGAAUGAGACUUCGCCCGAAAGAGCCCUCGUACAAAGAGGAAGUCCUCAUAAGCGAAUGCAGUCUCUUCAACCAGGUAGUGUCAGAGAUCUGAGCUUAAUGAUCGAAGGCUCGAGAGAUCGAGACUCGGCCAACUCCACUCCUCGGGGCUCUCCAGAGAAGGAUAGAUCAGCAAGACCAUCGACACCAAAUCGCGGCAGGGAGUACGAAAGGGAAGCCAGAUCAGAAGAGAAGGAGAAUAAUGUGCCAGGUGCACCUGCGCCCAUCCCCAUGCCACUAAGCAUGAGCUCCAUCGCCCGCUCCUCUACAAGGAAGCCACCACAGAGCAUCUUGGGCGAGAACACACCACAAUCCGCAACUAUGUUGGCACUACAAAACAUGCCCCCUACCUCAUCGCGAGAGGCCGAAUCACCUCUAGCAAACGUCACCAAUAACUCGUUGCCCACGACAAAGCCACAUCCCGCCACUGAAUUCCUUUCCAAUCAGCUUGUUACCCUAACCAAUAUAGCAACAGCUCUGCAGAAAGAAAUGUCCCAACUCAGUCGCCGAAGCAGAGAUAAUGCUACGGACCUGAUGAGUCUCAAAGAGGCCACACACGCCAGAGACGAAGAUAUCCGCAAGAGCCUACGCGAGUUAGCCCUCAACGUAGAUACUACCCGGUAUACCAAAGACCCGUACAAUGGAGGGUUCUAUAUUGACAACAAACCCUUUAACAUGUCACCUGGAUCUAAAAAUCAAAGGCCGUUUUCCCUUCCAAGAAUCCCUUCACCCAAUAGUUUUGCGGCGUCCAUUGAUCGAGAAUCCACGAUGAGUACACCUUCACUCAUUGGGGGUGACUCACCUGCUACUAUUGCAUUGUUGGAGAAGAUCAUCAGAGACAUGGGGACCAAAGAUGGCCAGGACACCAUCGUGGGUCGUCUAUCAGAGCUGGCCGAUAAACUGGCUGGCACGGCUUCCGCUGGGAAGGUGGAGGAACUCAUCCAUCAUCUAAGACUAGCUUCUGAACAGCCACUUAGUCCCGUGGUGAGCGGUGGCUCAGACAAGUCGAGGACCCUGAGCUUUAGUAGCGAUGAUUCCGGGUCAAAAAUUAGUGGCGUGGUAAACCACAGGGUAGAGAAGAUAAUGAACGGGAAAGAUGGUCGCCGUUCUCCGGUAUCGUCGCGAGGAAGCGAUAUUUUGCACGACGACCUCAUUAAACUCAUUCGUUCGGUCAAGGACAGCGUUGCCCAAGGAGGAGGGUUAACAGCAGAAGUCAAAGCCCUCGUUCGUGAGCUUCGAGGUGAAGUUCUGGGAAUGGGGAGGGAAAUAAGCAGAAAGUUGGAUGACUGGCAUGUCAAAGCCCCCAGCAAAAGUGAAACCGCAAGCAGAGCGGAGCUUGCAAGAAUUGUUGAAGAAGGUCUUGAACAGAUAAGGGUAUAUAUGGCGCAACGUCUUCGAGACCACGAGCGAGUAUCGUCUGAGGAAGAGAAGCCGGCUAUCGAUUACCAGGAGAUAUACAACGCCCUGAGGACAGCACUUACCGACACCGAAGCAAUUCGACAGCACGAUCCUAAACUAAGCCGGGAUGACGUUAUUGAAGCCGUGAAGGACGCCUGGGAGAAUUACAAACCCGAGAUUGAGAUCCAACAAAUCGGAUUGGAAAGAGACGAAGUCCUCGACUGCUUAAGGGAAGGAAUGGAACAAUAUGCACCGAGUCAUAACGCGACCCCAGGAGCAACACGUGAAGAAGUUUUCGAAGCAGUUGUUGAGGGAUUGAAGCACUUUGAACCACCGCAAGUAGAUAUGCCUACUGGCCUUUCUCGAGAGGAAGUCCUCGAUGCCGUUAGAGAAUGUCUCGAGGACUUCGAAUUCCCGAUUGCGCCUUCUACUAAUGAUCUAACCCGCGACGAUGUCCUGGACGCUGUUAAGGAGGGUCUGAGCUCAACUCAAAGCACCGCUUUAGUACCCCACGGCGGCGACAAUGACUCCGAGGUCACGGAGCGCCUUCACGACAUUAUGCAGUUUAUGCAAGACGAAUUCAAGCUCAUUCUGCAAGAGCUCAAGCAAGCCCCUGAAAGUGGAAGAGGCGCCGAGCAAAUUCUUGAUGCGACAAGGGAUGAGUUUCAUCAGUUACGAGCACAUAUCGAAAGCUAUGUCGAUAAAGCUGCGGGCACUUCUAGCCACGAAGAACUCAUGGCCAGUCUGGAGAAUGGGUUCGAACAGCUACGUGAGCACAUGGAAGGUUAUGUCGACAAGGCAUCCGGUGUUUCGGGCCAGGAGGAUUUGAUGGCAAACAUCGCCGACAACCUUGAACAAUUGCGCACGCAUAUGGAUAACGGCACUGGCAAAGCCCAAAACGUCCCUGGCCAAGAGGAGUUAACAGUGAACCUCGCUAGCAAUUUUGAAGAACUUCGAAUACACAUGGAGAGUUACGUCGACAAAGCUUCCGGUGCCGCUAAUCAGGAGGAAGUGAUGACUAAUGUCGUCAACAGCUUCGAUAUUUUCCGCGAAGAGGUUUCGGAGCUUGUGGCAAAGGCCUCAGAUGGCUCCAGAGAAGUUAUAAGACAGGAAAUCGAGUCGCUUCGAGACACGGUGAACUCAUCUCUUGUUCCUCACGUACCCCAGAUGAGCGACAAUAGAGAUGUCCUAGAAGCCAUUCGCGACAGCAUUGAAAGAAUUCGAGGAGAGCUACUUCGUCCUCACGCAGGAACUACUGACAUACUUGAUGCUCUCCACGAAGGUUUCAGCGAUCUGCGCCUUAGCAUUGAGAAAGUAGGCGACAAGCCAGCCGAUCUAACUGCCAAUGACGAAAUCCUUGACGCCCUGAAAUCCGGGCUUGAUGGUGUUCAAACUAAUAUCGACUCCCUCCGCGAAAACAACCAAGAGAACGCCCUUGCUACUGUGGGCUCGGUCCCAAGUGACGCCUUAAUACAAAUCCCCGCUGACCUGGUCAAGCAUGAUGACUUGAAGAACCUCGAACUCAUGAUGGGGCAGCUCAAGGUGAAGAUGGAAACUAUAGAGGCACCGCCCCCGCCACCAGUACCUGAGGGUUACUUGUCCAAGGAUGACUUGGCUGAAAUGGAGGAAAUGCUUCGAAAUGGUAUAUCCAAACAGGAUCUGAGCGAAAUGGAAGAAAUGCUUCGAAGCAUGCAAGAAGCCAUGACUGGUAGGCCGAGGAACAAGGACAGUAGCGACGACAGCCCGAUUAACGUCCGGCCCUUGGAAAAUCCCGAGGAUGCCGCUACGAAAGAGGAUGUGCAAGCUAUCGAGACGAUCCUUCGGAACACCAAGUCCCGUUUAGAAGACCUGGUCGACGGGGAGCAAGCCGUCCGCAAAGACCAAGUCGAUGCUGUCGAGGCUAUCGUGCUCGAAACUAAAGGCUCUCUUGAAGCACUUGCAGCUCAGGUGGAGACUGUCUCUCGAAAAGAAGAUCUCCUGACCCUUGGAACCAUCGUAACUCAGAUCACUACAACUCUAGAUGAGAUGAAAGAGAGCGCUGAGAAGUCCUUGGAAGAUCCCGAGAGGGUCACUAAGACGCACGUCAGCGCAAUUGAGGUAGCCGUCUCUGACAUCAAAUCAGCCAUCGAACAUACGAUUAGACCAGACAUCGCUGCUCUUCCUUCGAAGGACGACAUCACAAGUCUUCAAGACCUCGUCAAAGAACUCCAGGCAAACACCACGGUGCACGCUGAGUCAAAUGCAAAGGCACUCAAAGAGGGACAAGCGGAAACUGUCGGCAUCGGCGAAAAAGUUGUAGAGAUCAAAGCUUUUCUCGAAGAAUUCCAAACCCUGGUCAAGGGGCGACUGGAAACGGGUGGAAAUGCCGUUGAGUCACUAAGCAAGACUCUCGACAGCCUUAGCGAAACUGUCAACCAAAAUGCCGAUGUUGGGACUACUUUGAAGGAGAUAUUUGAGGUAGUGAAAACCGAGUUCGAGGAGUCGAAAACUGGUGUAAUAAGCGCUAAAGUAGACACCGACGGCAAAAUCAAAGAAAUGACCGACGCUUUGGGAGUCAAACUUGAAGAAAAGAUCGGCGAACUUAUGGCCAAGUAUGAUGAAUCCCAACUUUUCAUGGAAGAACGGACGAAGAUCUCCGAAACGAGAGAUGAGGAGUUGAAAGGCGCCAUGGUCAACACAAAUACGAUUGCAGAAGAGCUAAAGGGUCUAAUUGAUACCCUUGGCUCGACAGUGACCGACUCCCUCGAGAAGAUGGAAGAAGCUUCUAAGACUGUAUUUGACAAGGUUGGAACCAUGUACGACAAGGCCGAAGAGAACCACACAGAUGGCAAGAACGAGCACCAGAUGACCCGAGAUCAUGUAAAGCAAGCAAUCAGCGCUGUUGAGGGCCUCCAAGGACAUGUUGGAGACUACCAACCCAAGAUCCUCGACUCGAUCAAGGAAGUGCUACUUAUCGUUGGACAACACUAUGAGCAUUCCAAGACUUCGGAGAGCGGAAUAUUGCAGAGGAUUGAAGACGCCAAGCCUGAGCCUCUCAUGCUACCGCCCCCUCCUGAGAAAUAUGACGAUAGUGUAGUACAGUCGAAACUAGACAAAUUGGACAAUGAAAUGCACUCUAGGCUCGAAAUCCUGGAUAACGGAGUUCGAUCCAAGCUGGAUAAGCUGGUCGACCAUACGCAAGCUGCUGAAAAAGCAUAUGCACAGCUCGACACUCUAGAUAGGGUACACGAGCAGGUCGUCAAGACAGCUGCUGACAUCUCAGAAUUCCUGUCAUCUCAAAAGCAGCGUAUCGAAGAGGAUCAUCAAGAACGUGAGAAGACACUUCGAGAAACUACGAUCCAGUUGGAACGCCAGAAGGCUGAACAGGAGCAAGUUGAAGCCAAUCUGGCAUACCUACGGGAAGAAGAACUAAAUAUGCGCGAAACCAUUAUUGCCCUAAGGGCUGAGCAAGAAUCGUUGAUCCGUCACAAGACUCGAUUAACCGCCGAUGUUUCUUCCUUGGAGACGGCACUCAAUCUCCGCCGCGAGGAGCUUCAAGCCAUGGAUGCCAGGGCCGAAGGCCUGGAACGCAGAAUCCUCGAAGGCGUCCUCGAUCAUUCUCGUGCUCUUCUCAUGACUAAAUCUAACUUCAAGGGUCGCGAUGCUGCUAUGAGCCGUAAGCGUGUACCCGGUGCAAGAUCUAGUCUGGGGCCUAAUGAGGAUCUCAAUUCCACCUCACAGCAGAUGAAGUCUCGAGCCGCAAUCAACGCUGCAGUAAACAAUGGUAGAGCUAGCCUCGUUCCACAAAACGCUGCAAGUGCGGGCCGCCGAAUCCUCAGCCUCAGUCAGAUCACAAACAACGUCUCUGCGGGUGGUAUUAAGCGGAGCCAGAGCGUCCGUACUCAGGGCGGCACCGGGCUGCGAAAGAGCAGCUGGGCCCCAGGGAAGAAUGGCACUGGUAAAGGAUAUGGCGACUUGGACACGAACAAAGAGAAUGUGGAUCUAGUGCGCGAGAGUGAUGAGGAGGCCCGUGAUGACCCACCAACGUUUGAUGAGCCAGAGCCCGAAACGCCAACACUGGGAGAAGACGAAAAUGUGGUGAUUGUUGAUGCGGCCGACGAUGAAGCACAUUCAACUCCAACGCAUUCAGAAGAUGAGGAUGAAGAAAGCGAGGAAAGUGAAGAUGAUGCUACAGAGAUACCAGCCGAAAUGGAAGAAAGCGAUGGCGAAGUGGAUGAAACGGAAGAGGAGGUAGCUACAACGAGACGCUCAAGCCUCGGAACCACCGUUAUUACACCAACGGAUGUGGAGGGUGGCUACGACAGUGACGAUCAAGACGACCAGAGCGAGUGGGUGGAGGGUGCACCAGGCACGGAGAGUGUUGCUGGUACGGAUAGUAUUGCUGGUGAUGGUGAGGUGCUCGUGUCCAGUACUUGAUGGGUCUUGUAUCGAGCACGACAGAGUAGUCUAGGUGUAUGGAGUUUGGUCGAUUUGGGGUUCAAAUCGGGGUUUGCCGGACGGGGCGUACGCAUUUGUUCUGUUGCUUUCUGUCCAUGUCUUUCUUGUUGCUUGGCAUCAUGAUGUUUUGAAUGGAGAGUCUUAUGUUUGCCAAUGAAUGCACGUCUUUGGCACGCCUUUCUUUUCAUGUACUUGGUGUCUAACAGGCGGCAAUGAGGCAGGGAGGUAGGAGGGGUCAAAGUGGAUGAUGGAUUGGAAGUAAGGUAUAAAGAGAUGAAGCUAGGGACGAAUCGUGGUAAUAGGUGGAAGAGGUGCAUCGCCCUCCUUUUUUCGUAAAUUCUUCUCUAACUCUACUCUUUCAUUAUUCCUGCCUUGCUAUUUUAGGAGAGAAGAAGCAGAAGAAGCAGUAGGCUUUGUGUGUUUUUGGUCACAAAGUUAUAAGUCCCCAAGAUUUAGUUAUAUUAGGUUAUUCAAUGGCAAUGUUCAUCAACUUUUCCAAGUAAAAUUUGGGUAUAUUACGCAAAUCAUGAUGGACAGUGGAAGGAAUAAAGGGGAGGG